UGAACAUUCUGUGUUCUGUGUACUAAGGUUCUUCCUGGUGCUGAGAAUUCAUGUUCUGCAGCCACAAGGCACCCCUAAGACCUCUACUCCAACCACAGGAUCCCAUGGAAGUAACCGCUUUUGUCCAGUGUGUGGGAAACGCAGACUGAAGCAGAAAGACCCAAGGAUUAAGACAACAUGGGAGGGGAAGUGGCCUUGGCAAGUGAGCAUCCAGUAUGGGCAGCACCCCCUGUGUGAGGGCACCCUUAUCGACGUCCAGUGGGUGCUCACGGCAUCCCACUGCUUCCGGAGAACCAAUGACCCUACUGUCUACCAUGUUUUAGUGGGCAGCCAUAAGUUAUAUGAGAAGAGCCCCAAGUCUCUCACGGUUGGAGUGAAGAUGAUUUUUAGGCAUCCAGAUAUCUCAAAUAUUCAACCCUUUGGACAAGAUAUUGGGCUGGUCCUCCUGGAGGUUCCGGUGAGGUUGUCUCCGUAUGUCAUGCCUAUCUGCAUGCCAAGACCAGGCUUGAAUUUUGAAGAGAAGGUCUCUUGCUGGAUGACAGGCUGGGAAAGACCUACCAACACAGUGUUACCGGUAAAGGUCUCCUCUCUCCAGGAGGUCCAACUUCCUUUUAUUAAGAAUCCCGAGUGUAAUGCCCUCUACGUAUCCAUGGUGAAUAUCACAACUAACAAAGAGGUGUAUGAGAUAGAGGAUGACAUGCUGUGUGCAGGGGACAUCAGUAACCCCAAAGUGAUCUGCCUGGGAGAUGUUGGGAGCCCCCUCGUCUGUGAAUUCUCGAAGAUCUGGACUCAGGUGGCAGUGGUGAGCUGGAGCACCCAGUGUUCACCCACCUACCUGACCGUAUUUACCAGACUCAUCCCUUAUCUGGACUGGAUAGAAAAGACCAAAAAAAUCUCAUUUCUACGAACUAGGAAAAUUGGCAGGAUAGAGGAGAGAAGUGAAAGCACGUCGUGGUCUCGAUCAGGCACAUAUACCUUGUUUCCCACCCUCCUCGUCCCUUUGCAGAUUAUGCUCCUGCAUUAGUUGUUCUGCCUGGGUCUCCCAAUGGCCCCAUGAAGGCUUCUUCCCCACACCCCCAAGUUUUCUUUUGGCUCCUCUGUUCCAUCUUCCCUUGCUUUCACAUGGGCUUCCCUCCCCCCUCACGUCAUUCCAUCUUCAUCUCUUCAGGCCAGUCCCCCACUAGGCAAUUUGAUAGGCAAAUUUUCCAGAAGCGCAGUGGGGCCUGGUGUCCAAGUAGGUAGUGGGGAGGGGAUGGCACCGGGAAGAGGAUGGGGGUAGUGCUGGGCCGGAUCCUCUUCUGGAAGGAGCUGAGAGCCCCGAGGGGCUGGAAACAGACAGUCCUUGACUGUAAAAGGCACUGAGACUGAUAAUUUCA